AUGGGUCCACUGCAUGUAUCUCAGCACGACAAGAAGAAACCCAAACACAGAAGACGAAAGAAACAAUUUUUGAAAGCUCAAGCCUUAACAAGAGUGUGUUGGGAAAAUGAGAAAAGCAUAGAUGAAUCUGGUAAAACUAGAGUUUACAAAAUGAUAAAAGAAUGGGAAUUCCUUAAAGGAAAUAAUAUUCAAUCCAAUGAACCCAUUCUAUCAGUAUAUGGUGUAAAUGAUACCAUUCCAAAAGAAAUCUCCUCAAAUACUAUUAUCGUCACAAAAGAAGGAAUGGUUGAAAUGGCCUUGUUGAAAUCAGUAUUGCCUCCAAGUCUAUUGGAAGAAUGCACUCAACUUUGUAGGGAGAUGAGUGAAUGGUUAGCUACUGAAAAGGAUAUUGAUAAGGGAAGUUUCUUUUCUGGAUGGUGGACAAUGAAUAUGCCAAUGGGAUACAAAUGUGCUGAUAGCUUUCGAUUUGAGCUAGUUGAUACCAAAGUGAAACAGAUACAAGCUCUCUUACAUGAUACCUUUCAACAUAUUUUGGAAUUGGCAAAUCCCAAACUAUUUGCUAAAUUAUCCAAAUUGACAGAAAGAGGUCAAACUCCAGUUGUAUGUUUCAACAUGAUUCCAACAAGAAAUGAAUCAGUCAAGGAGAAAUUCCAAGGCUCAUAUAAGUCUACAGAUAAAGUCAAUCGUCCAAAGACAAAUCAUCGUGACAGAAAUGAUAUGGGAAUCUCUGCCAUGUUCUAUAUGGGAAAAUUUGGAGGUGGAUCCCUUCAAUUGAUUCGAGUGAAUGAACAUACUCCAAAAACACUUGUCCACAUUCAAGCAGGUGAUGUUGUCUUGCUGAGAGCUAACAAGUAUCGUCAUGCUGUUUCUCCAACUCGUCCUCAAAGUUUUCCACUUGCCAAUUCUUCCCAAACUGAAGUUGAUGAUGUGAAAAUUUGUGAAAAUUCUUCUCCAACAUUGAAUAAUCCUCAAGCUGAUGAUAAUACUCCAACUCUUAUCAAUACUUGUCCAAAGCAAGAACCCACUGAUGGAGACAACCCAGUUCAAUCAUCCAAAGAGCCUUCCAAUGAUUAUGAACAGAAGAGAUUUUCCUUCAUCUUUUUUGCUCAUCGUUCACAUUUCAAACACAGCAAGGUCUAUUGUGGAAUGGGACAAAGGCAAGCACUCAAUGCUUUCAAAGCUGACCAUCCCUACUAUCAAAGCCAGAGAAUGAAGAAGAAGCUUGGUGAUGAUUGCCUUGACCAGAGUUUAAUCCUCACAGAGAAGAGAAAACCUAUCAAGAGAAAUUAUGCCCUCUUCAAUGAAUGUGGUGAUGAUAAACAAGAGGAAAGUGAUGAAGAGGAAUAUCAACAGUAUGAACCCAAACCAACCACAGAGGAAUAUACCAUCAAGGUUAUUGUUGACCAUGAAAAAGUAUUCAAGGGAAGUGAUCAAUCUAGAAAAUCCUACUUGUAUCAUAUUCAAUGGUUGGGUUAUCCAGAUGAGACUUGGGAACCUUAUGAACAUUUGGAUGAUUGUCAGGUGUUUGAAGAUUACUUGAAACACCAUAAUAUUUCCCUAUUUGAUGAAGAAGAGGAAGAUAGGAAGGUUGAUGAUUCAAUGUUAUUACCAGCUUGGAUGCAUGAAGAUGAAAGCCUAUUUGAAGCUCUCCUUCCUAUUAUUUGUUGUUCGACUGAUAAUCCUCGUCAUCAUCUUGAUGAUGUUCCUCCCUUUGAUUUUAAUUAUUAA